AUGGAAAUGCGAGAGGAAAAUAUGCUGAGGGGUGAGUCACUAUACCGAUAUGUACACAAAACAGAGUUGCCAGAAGGAAAAGACGGGGAAAAAAGUAAGAUAAUAAAAUCUUCGAAAAGCACAUAUGAAAAUGUAAUAAGUUGCAUAAAGGAAAAUAUUAAUGAUAAGAAAAAGAUUAGAUAUUCAUUAUUUUUAAAAGCAUAUGAAAAUUCUGAACUAGUUCAAAUGAAAAAGCAAAAUAAAAAAGAGAGAUAUAAAUUAAAAUUAAACAAAUGUCAUAAAUGUAUAGAUACAAAAGAUGCAAAAGAAAAACAGAGACUGAAAUUGUUAAAAAUGCUAAAAAAUUAUCAAAUAAGAUAUCAAGGUUACACAAAUUUAAAAACCUUAUGUGAUUAUUCUGUAUAUUUUAAUAAGUGUAAAAAUAUGAAGACAACACAGAAUAAUAGUGUGAAUGAAAAAAACUGUGAAAAUUUUUUUUAUUAUCUUGUUUCCAUUGGUGUAUCUUAUGAUGAUAUAAUACUAAUGGCUAGUGUAUUUGAAAAUAUGGAAUAUUUAAAGCAUUGUAAUUUAUAUAUGUUGCCAUGGAUAUAUAAAAAAUUAAACGAAUUUCACAAUAUUGAUGUUAAUACUUUCGUUAUUAACUGUGUUGCUUACUCUUUAUCUACUCUGACAUGUUCAUUAUAUUUAUUUCUUCAAUAUAGAACAAUUGCCAUUAUUUUCCCUCUAUUUUUUACUUACUUAUUUUUAUGUGUUCCUUUUAUAUUACAAGAGAUUAAUUGUGGUCGUUUUGUUUUAGACGGUUGUAUAUCUUUCCUUGUUUCUUUUGAUUAUUAUAAUCUUCCCAUCAGUAUCAUUCUAAUCAUUUCUUACAUCCUCUCGAUUAUUAAUUGCAUUGAUAUUAUAUGCUUACAGGUCAUAUAUUUCUCUUAUUACCUCACUUCUAACAACCCUUGGGUGUACCGAAACAUCGACACCAAAAUAUGUUCCACUUUUAACGGCAGUAGAAACAUUUGUGACUUUGCCAGGAACAUCUGCUACUACAAUGAAAACACAGGAGUCUGCGAGGUGAAUCGAAUCAAACUGGGCACCAAGAUCUACGACACGCUCCUCAGCAAGUAUGCCGAACCGAAGAGUGAAAAAUUUGCACCGACGACGAUCCUACUUUCCUUCCUUCUCCUGAUGGUGUACAAUUCCUUUUCGAAAUGCAAAGUGUCCCACAAAAUCCUGAAAAUAUUAAUUUUUAUACUGAUAUUAAUCUUUUCCACAUUCAUAAUUACCAUGCGUAAUUUCACUCUCAUCGAAUUUCUGCUUAUCGAUUUCAAUUGGAGCAAGAUCAAGAGUAUCCUCCUUAAUCACGAGGUUUGGAUUGCAUGUAUGAUGCACUGCACAAUCAGCAUGUGUCUCCAUUCUGGAAUGUACUUUUACACAUCUAAGGGACUUAGGCUCGGGAUAAACGUGAUCUCAUCGACAUACCUCAUCGCCCUGUCGUGCUUCCUAAUGGACAUGCUCAUAUUCGUGACAUUUGCAAAUAUAAUUGGAAAUCAUAUAAAGAAUAUAGAAAAGAGUUAUGCAUACUUAAGGAAGUUAAUGAAAAGAAAUGUAUUUUAUAUCUUAAUGACAGUGGGUAAUAAUUGCUAUAACAAGAUUUCUUACUUCUUAGGUAUAAAUAUAUCAUUGAUAUUUUUAACAUUUAUGUUAUUAGCAGCAUCUAAAAGAAUAGAAAUUUUAUUUCUUUCAUUUGAUGACAUUUAUUUUUUGAAACCUAGAAUUAGAAUAUUUGACAUGAGGUGGUUAUUUUUAUUUUUGUUAUAUUAUGUAUACAGAUCCAUAGACAUAACAUAUCUGGAUCUUUUUUUCACAGAAAUGUCUAGAAUUAUUACACUUUUGAUUUUAUUUUAUAUUAAUUUUAACUUUUUCUGGUUACGUGGAAUUAAAGAAACGGUAGAAAAAUUAGGAAAGUAUCCCUUAAUUUUCAAGAUGCUUUUAACAGCUUUGAAUGAAUUUUUUUUUUUGUAUUUCGAAAUUGUCUUCCGUCUCCCAAAUCGCGUGUCCUUAUAUUUGGUCAGGCAAUUUCUGAACAUAUUUGUCAUUCCCCUCAUUUCGGUGCUUAUAUGUCGAUUCUGCUUCCCCACAACCCACCAACGUGCGCCCGUGCCCACUGGCAUUCGGGAGAUUCUAUCGAACACCUAUGAGUUAGCGACCGAAUGCACAAAGAAGUCCAAGAAUAUCCAACUGCAAUUUAGCCAGAGUUCUAAGAGUGCAAAGAUGUUCAAUGUUUACAUAAUUUUUUUUUGUAAGUAUUUCGGCAUUGACCUAGUGUUCAUAUGCUUUGUGCAUGUAGGAAGUAGCAUCUUUUCCAUAAAAGAAAAUUUUUUUAAAAAGAAGAAUGUAAAUCUUGAAACGAAUCCAUACCAUUUGUUUUUUAUUCUUUUCAUAUGUUAUGUUUACAUUGCGUACAUAAAUGUUCCCCUCCUGCAAAUGAUUAAGAAGAAGAAAAUUUUUCAAGUCAACAAUUUUAACAUUCUGGAUUAUCCCAUAUGGUUUGAAGAGCCAAAUAGGGAGGAGAAAAGUUCUCUCUUAGGAGAGUUUUAA